CAUAACAAUAGGGCAGAGGAAUGACAGAGUUCGGUAAAACGGUAUAAAUUGUAAGAGACUUAGUGGGAAUAGUACGGUCUUGCAUGCACAACAUGGCACGUUACAACUUACAGGCUUACCGCGUUAUUCCAUUAAAACAAGCUCAUUCAUUAUGAGCUCAUUUUCUCACCCACUUCCAGCCUUCACACCAUCUUUGCAUUAAUAACUCAGCUGUACUAGCCCGAGUUCGAGCCCCACCAUUUUGGAAUCGGCAUUGCACAUUAUCCUCUGUUCUUACUUUCUACUGCAUGGUGAAAAAUUCGUGGGUUUAUGUAUAUAGGCUGGUAGAAUCAGACCACCAACAUCAUUGUCUUCAGGGGAGCAGAGAUGGUUUCCAAUAAGGAAAAUGAGAGCACAGCAAACAAGAAAGUGCCAUUUCACAGAUUGUUUGCUUUUGCAGAUGGGCUGGAUUACAUUAUAAUGUUUAUAGGCAGCUUGGGGGCGUGUGCUCAUGGAGCCUCUGUGCCUGUGUUUUUUAUUUUUUUUGGGAAGCUCAUUGAUUCACUUGGCCUUGCCUAUCUUGAUCCCCCGGCUGUUUCCCACAAGGUUGCUCUGUAUUCGUUGGAUUUCGUGUAUUUGGCCACAGCUAUUUUUUUCUCUUCGUGGACUGAGGUAGCAUGCUGGAUGUACACAGGAGAGAGGCAGGCUACUCGAAUGCGUCUGGCAUACUUACGAGCCAUGCUAAAUCAAGAUGUGAGCUUCUUUGAUACUGAAUCAACUGGUGGGGAGGUAGUGUCUGCAAUCACAGACGAUAUCAUUACAGUGCAAGAUGCCAUUUCAGAGAAGGUUGGAAACUUUCUGCAUUAUAUUAGCCGAUUCGUUGCUGGGUUUGCAGUAGGGUUCUCCACAGUGUGGCAGCUGAGUCUGGUAACUUUGGGAAUAGUUCCUUUGAUUGCACUUGCAGGAGGUCUGUAUGCUUUUGUUGUAACUGGCCUUACGAGUAGGGGUCGAAAGGCUUAUAUUAAGGCAGGGGGUAUUGCAGAAGAGGUAAUUGGAAAUGUCAGGACAGUUUAUGCAUUUGUUGGAGAGGAGAAAGCAGUUAAAUCAUACAAAAAUGCUUUGAGGCAGACAUAUGAGAUUGGUAAGAAAGGUGGGUUAGCUAAAGGUUUAGGGUUGGGAUCCAUGCACGGUCUACUCUUCUUAUCGUGGGCAUUAUUGCUCUGGUUCACCAGUCGAAUUGUGCACAAAAGAAUCAUAGAUGGAGGGGAGGCCUUCACCACCAUGCUUAAUGUUGUCAUCAGUGGCCUUUCGCUUGGGCAGGCUGCGCCUAAUUUAACCCAUUUUGGACGGGCCCGGGCUUCUGCUUAUUCAAUUUUCCAUAUGAUAGAGCGCGGAUCUCGUACGAAGUCGAGCACUGUGAGUGGGAAAACACCGCAGAAGGUUGAAGGAAACAUAGAAUUACAAAAUGUGCGCUUCAGCUAUCCGUCUCGUCCAGAUGUCAUUGUCUUUGAGAAUCUUAACUUUCAUAUUCCAGCAGGGAAGGUGGUGGCCAUUGUUGGCGGGAGUGGCUCUGGAAAAAGUACUGUCAUCUCACUCAUUGAGCGCUUUUAUGAUCCUCUUUCAGGCCAACUGAUGCUGGAUGGGCAUGACAUUAGAAGCUUGGACCUCAAGUGGUUGAGACAGCAGAUUGGUCUGGUCAGUCAAGAGCCUGUGUUAUUUGCAACAACCAUACGAGAGAAUAUACUGUAUGGCAAGGAUGAUGCAACUAUGGAUGAAAUUGAGCAGGCUGCAAAGCUAUCAGAUGCUUAUCUCUUUAUUAAUAAUCUUCCGGAUCACUAUGGCACACAGGUUGGAGAGAGAGGGGUUCAGUUAUCAGGUGGGCAGAAGCAACGGAUAGCCAUAUCUAGAGCCAUUCUGAAAAAUCCUUCAAUACUCCUCCUCGAUGAAGCAACCAGUGCAUUAGAUGCAGAGUCGGAGAAGAGUGUGCAGGAAGCCCUUGACCGUGUCAUGGUUGGCAGGACAACCGUGGUGGUUGCUCAUCGCCUGUCCACUAUAAGAAAGGCAGAUAUCAUUGCUGUAGUUCAAAAUGGUAAAAUUGUUGAAAGUGGUAACCAUCAAACACUAAUAUCCAAAGAGGGAGGAGCCUAUUCAGCUUUGGUCAAAUUGCAGGAAUCCCGACAGAACCUAGAUGGCCCAUCUCUCCUUAACAAUAAGAGUCUGAGGAACUCCAGUGGAUCUAUCUCACGAAGAACAUUUAGUUUUGGAGCAAGUGUUUGCUCAGACAAAGACUCCUUAACAGCUGUUUCCAAACGUUUUGGGUUGGAUAAGAACGAGGAGGUCAAGGCCGAAAGAAUUUCCCUCUCGAGAUUGUUCAAACUGGCACUUCCUGACUGGAUUUGUGGUGUUUUUGGCACAAUGGGAGCCCUAUUUGCAGGAGCACAAAUGCCCUUGUUUGCCUUGGGAGUCACUCAGGGAUUGGUGGCCAUGUAUGAUACUGAUUACAGUGCCACAAAAGCUGAAAUACGUAAAGUUUGCUUGUUGUUUUGUAGUGCCGCAUUGCUCACACUGAUUGCACAUGUUGUGGAACAUACCAAUUUUGGAAUGAUAGGGGAACGCCUUACCCUCAGAGUGAGGGAGAUGAUGUUUACGGCAAUUUUGCAGAAUGAAGUGGGCUGGUUCGAUGAUGACAACAAUAAUAGUGGUCUGGUUUCAUCUCGUUUAGCAUCUGAUGCAACGAUGGUGAGGACACUGGUAGCAGAUCGCUGCACAAUUUUGAUUCAAAACACAUCUCUCAUUGCCACUGCAUUAAUAAUUGCAUUCAUUGAGGAAUGGCGGAUCACCCUGGUCGUAUUGGCUACAUACCCUUUGCUUGUCAUUGCACAGAUGAGUGAGAGGUUCUUUAUGGAAGGCUAUUGUGGAAAUCUGAGCAAGGCCUAUCUGAGGGCCAACAUGGUAGCCACAGAAGCAGUUAGCAGCAUACGAACAGUUGCAGCCUUCUGUGCUGAAGAAAAAGUAGUUGAUCUUUUCAGCCGAGAACUAGAUGAACCUCGCAAGAGAUCCUUCAGGCGAGGACAUAUUGCAGGAAUAUGCUAUGGACUUGCACAGUUCUGCAUGUUCAGCUCUUAUGGCCUCGCCCUCUGGUAUGCAUCUACUCUGAUCAGAGACUACAAGGCCACUUUUGGUUCUGUCAUGAAAACCUUCAUGGUCCUCAUAGUCACAGCCCUUGGCAUGGCAGAGUCCCUUGCCAUGGCCCCAGACAUAAUCAAAGGAACUGAAGCGGUGGGCUCCGUGUUUGAGAUAGUCGACAGGAGAACACAGAUACCCCCGGAUGAUCCAACAGGUGAAGAAUUGACACAUGCAGAGGGUAUGAUUGAGCUAAAACAUGUUGAUUUCAGUUAUCCAGCCAGGCCGGAUGUGUCGAUCUUUAAAGACUUCAAUCUCAAGGUCCGUUCUGGUAAAACUGUGGCACUGGUGGGGUCGAGUGGGUCAGGCAAGAGCUCAAUUCUUUCCCUGAUACUUCGUUUCUAUGACCCAACUGCAGGGAAGGUCAUGGUCGACAGCAAAGACAUAAGAAAAUUCAAAGUGAGGUCUCUGCGUAAGCAUAUUGGGUUAGUACAGCAAGAGCCCGCACUCUUUGCCACCACAAUAUCUGAAAACAUAAUGUAUGGCAGAGAUGGGGCUACUGAAACAGAGGUUAUCGAGGCUGCUAAACUUGCCAAUGCUCAUGAUUUCAUCAGCAGCUUGCCUGAUGGCUACAAAACUGAGGUGGGUGAGAGGGGGGUUCAGCUAUCAGGGGGUCAGAAGCAGAGAGUGGCCAUUGCCAGAGCAGUGCUUAAGGACCCUGCUAUUUUGCUCUUAGAUGAGGCUACCAGUGCACUGGAUGCAGAAUCUGAAAGAAUUGUACAGUCUGCAUUAAAUCGACUAAUGAAAAACAGGACCACUGUUAUGAUAGCACAUCGACUAUCAACUGUUCAGAAUGCAGACAUAAUUUCUGUUUUGCAGGAGGGAAAAAUAGUGGAGCAAGGGACUCAUGAGAGCCUUGUGCAGAAGGAAGGUGCAUACUUGAAGCUCAUUAGUCUUCAACAACAUCAAUGACAAGGGUUGUACUAGUACUAGUGGUCUUCAACAUCACUCUUUCUUCCUUACAUUGCCAUUUAACUUCCCAGAUAUAGUUUUCUGAAAGAUCAUUGAGACUACCAACCAAUACUUAAAUGCUUUCCCAUAACGUUGCAUUGAAUUGUUAUAAGUUCUACUGAAUAACAACUUCAUUGUAUACAGUCCAGCUGAGAAGAGACAUUGCUUAUUGAGUAUAGAAAUUUGUUGGCAUUAAAUGAUGCAAACACAUUAGAUAUUCUGUCAUCUCAUGCCAGAGCAAUCGUUUCUUUAUGCAUUAAAUGAUGCAAACACAUUAGAUAUUCUGUCAGUUCAUGCCAGAGCAAUUGUUUCUUUAUGUUUUGUACUUAGAUUUUAUAAUAUCAGAAGAUACAUAGAAGUAAGAUAUGUAUGCUUAGUUUGUAGUACAGUUAGAUGCCUUCUGUAAGAAAUAUGGAAUAGUCCUUACUGUAUAAACAAUCUGUAGACCAAUAUAAUAAAAAGCCAUCUUGCACAAAAUCUUUCUUUCA